ACGAUAAUAAAAAUUUAAAAAUGAAAUUUCUCAGUGCAUUGUGUCAGUGAAACCCCCAAAUGGAGUGCAAAUCGGCGUUCAAUUUAGUCGUUUUAUUUUCAGUUCUAUUUCCGUUUCAUUUGUGUUUUACUUCUUAUUGUGUUUUCCUUUCUUGUGGCCUUUUAUUUUAUUUAACGCGUGAAAAUGUUGUUAGCAAUGCGCCGCGAGAGUGAACACCAUCACGCCGCAGUCACAGCAACAGUACCUCCAGCAACUACAGUCACAACAGCAUCAUCAGCAUCCGCAUCUGCAGCAGCCGCAAGCGCCGCCGUCACUAUAAUUACCUCAGAGGCGACGCCAGUCAGCAGUAUAUCGGCCACGACGAAUGGUCUAUUAGUGCCCAGUGUUAGUUCAGCACUUCAGCUGUCACCCAACUUGAGUGUCGCAGCAAACGUAACGUCUUGCACGCUACAACACCAUCAUUUGCAACAGCAACAACAACACCAACAACAGUAUCUUGGCCUACAACAGCACGCACAACAUUUGCAACAACAACAGCAGCAGCAACAAGCUGACUCAUUAAAUACACCCACAACACCGUUGCUAAACUUGGGUCGUAGUCCGUUGCAGUUCCCGCCGCCACCACCACCGCCCGUACCGGUGCAGGCUGGGCCACAAUUUGGCUUUUAUACACCCAGCACGGGUGCAGCCACUUACCUGCAUCCACACUACACGUCACUUCCCUCAGCUGUGCCAACGUCCGUUGCUGGUUCGUCGCUGGUGUCUGUCAACACCGGAAGCGCAUCUUUUGCGAAUGGGACGCAGCGUUGCAGCUCGGCUCAAUCGACGGAAUUAGACGAAUACGUUGACAUCUUACAAGUACAGCAAUUGCUGUUGGACUCAUCAGCGUCAGCAAGUCAACAAGCAUUGGCCGCCGCUAAUGGUGGUAACACGAGUACUAACAACACCACCUCAAAUACGCCGAGCUCACAACAGAGUUUACCGAAACCGCGACCACGUUUGAAUUUGCAAAAGGCCUCCGAAUACGCAGCCCAGGUGCAAGCGGAAUCUCCAUCAUCUCGUCGUAUGCUCCUCGACUAUCCCAGUCCAUAUCUUUAUAGUAAUCAUUAUCAUACGUCGCCCAGUGAGGACCUGGUUGCCCUCUGGUUCGGCAGCAAUGGCUCAGGUGGCAUAGCCCCUGGAACCCCAUCAGCGGCCAUGAUCAUGGAAGGGCUUGAAACCCUUGUGGCGCCAUCGCAUCACGCAUUCCUACUUACCGAAUCCGCCGCCGCCGCACACUUCAAUGUGUUGAGCUUCGAUACGUGUCUCUUCAAAACCACCGCCCAGACUAGUCCAUCGACAGCGGCCACAUCGGCGGCCACAUAUCUCAGUACCCCAUCGCACACGUUUGGUGGUGGCCACUUAGGUGCCGCCCAAACCUUACUCCAUUACAAUCUCUCUGCGGCGAAUAGCAAUCAUCAGAGCGCCAUUGCUUCGUGUAGCGGCACAAAUACGAGUAGCAGUAUAGCCACAACCAGUAAUAUUACUGCAUCAGCGACAGCAGCAGCAGCAGCAGCUACUAAUUCAGCCCUAAGCGCUAGUUUAUCACGCACAAAUUUUACACGCAUCGGUAGUGUUGCCAACAACAACAGCAACCAGAGCAGCAGUCAUAAUCACAGUAGCAGCAACAGUAAUAGUAGCAACAAUAGUUGCACACCAACAGCAACAACAAACGUUGCUGGAAUCACAUUAACACAGCAAUCACCAACCGUCGCUGCAGUCAGUGCGAGUAGUAAUAACAGCAAUAAUAGCAGCGGACGCAACUCUGCUACACAUUUGAGUCUACUCAAUACCACACAACAUAGUCCGGGUGGUCACGCGGCGACAACAUUAGGCGGCGUAGGCGCCAGCAGUGGCGUAGAUAUAGCAAACAGUGUUAAGCAGUCGCAGUCACUGCCGUCGGACGCGCAGUGCUGUGAUACACAGACGGGCGAUCUGAAUACGCCCGUCACCACAUCCAACGAUAUUCCAUCAUUCUUCGGACCAUCAACCAUCGUUGAGCCGCCACCAAUAACAGGUUCCAUCGAAUCCGAGGAUUUAUCUCUCGAACCACAGCCGACAGCCAGUCCGGUGUUGGUGUGCAGCCCAUUGAAGGAGGAGCGCAGCACGCCGCCAACAUUGGCAAUUGUCAAGGAAGAAACAAGUAAUAAUAGUUGUACCAUGUACCCUACUACACAUCUAAGUCAGAAUCAGAAUCAGACUACAACAUCAACAACAACAGCCGCAACAAGCACAACAUUAUGUAAUAAUAAUAAUAAUACAGCAAAUACAAAUACACAAAGUAAUACACAACAACAACAACAACAACAACACUCCCAACAUCAUCCACAACACCAGCAACAACACCAACAGCAUACGAGCCAACACUCUCCUCAUCAUCAGUAUCAACAUCAUGUACAGCAACAACAUAAUUUACAACAACAACAUCACUUACAGCAGCAACAACAGCAACAACAAAACCAAAUUACACACCAUAGCAGCCUACACCAACAACACCAACAGCAACAGCAGCAGCAACAACAACAACAACAUAUACAACACAAUAGUCACCACACACAACAACACCUCCAGCAACAGCAACAACAACAACAACAAACGCACCCACACUACCAUGGUCUUCAUCACACACACGCACACCAACUCCAUCACCAUCAUCACCACCACCACCACCAACAACAACAACAACAACAGCAUGCGCAACAACACCAACAACAGCAGCAACAACAACAACAACAACAACAGACGCAUGCAACUAGCAAUAGCAAUAGCGGCAAAAUAUCAUAUCGUGGCAUUUUCACCACUACAGGUAAUACAACAACAAUGAGCGGACUGAAUCCUGCAGCUGUCGCAGCCGCCGCUGCAGCUACUCAGCAGCAGCAGCAGCAACAGCAGCAGCAACAACAACAACAAAUCGGCUCCCCGCAAUUGAGCGUAUUGCCCGGCCAAAUGUCACCACCGAGCGCCGGUCUUGGCAAUAGUUGGGGUUUACCCAGCCCCGAUAAAACCCUCUUCCAGCCACCCAUAUUCAGCUUACUCGGUCCUGGUCCACAGAGUACCGCUCAAGCUCAUUAUGCCGCCCAACAAUCUGUGGCGCAGCCGUCGUCGACGCCAUCACCCUCGCAUCAUAUGCAUACCGGUGGCUAUGAUGAUGGGCGUUCAGCAGCGCAACAUGUUGAGUUAAUCGGUCUCAAUAUGGACUGUUCGCCGAUUAUAAUGAAACAACCACCACCCAGUUAUAGCAGCACCAGCAGCUUCACCAGUCUAGCGGAUAUCCAACAAGCGCAAACCAGUCAUGAAUAUCAGCAAAUGUCGAUUGCUGCGACCAAAUACCAUUGGCUCAAUUCGCCAGCCGAAUAUGGUGGCGCACAGCAGUCCCUGGUUGUGCCCGGUCCUUCAUCCACUGCAUCCUCAGCAGCAGCAGCAACGUCCAUAAUAGGCGGAAUCAUUCCAAAGCAAGAGGCAUAUUCGGAACCCACACCACCGCAUCAUAUGCAACCACCAUCAGCGCAAGGCAGUCAAUCUGGCUACUCUGUUGUGCAGUUGGCUGAGUACAGUCCGUCAACCAGCAAGGGUCAUGAGAUUCUAUCGCAGGUGUACCAACAGAGCACCAUGCCGCUCAAGCUGGUGCCAGUCAAGCCACGCAAGUACCCAAAUAGGCCGAGUAAAACACCCGUACACGAACGACCCUACGCCUGUCCCGUCGAGAAUUGUGAUCGCCGUUUUUCACGUUCCGAUGAGCUCACCCGCCACAUACGUAUACAUACCGGACAAAAACCUUUCCAGUGUCGCAUUUGCAUGCGUUCCUUUAGCCGUUCCGAUCAUCUCACAACGCACAUACGUACCCAUACCGGCGAAAAACCCUUCUCCUGUGACAUAUGCGGUCGCAAAUUUGCUCGAUCCGAUGAGAAGAAACGUCACGCAAAGGUACAUCUCAAGCAACGCAUCAAGAAAGAGUCUAAAAUGAGCCAACAACAACAACAGCAGCAGCAGCAACAACAACAACAACAGGCGGCCGCAGCAGCAGCUGCUGCACAUCAACAACAGCAACAACAUCAUCAUCAUCACACCGCCCACCACAUGCUCCAAGCCGGCGAUCUACCCAUAGUGACAAGCAGCGCCACCACUUUGUAGACCGAAAGCAAUUCAUCAU